AUGGAGAACAAGGCCGUGGAUCUCCACACCUUCUCCGAGAGGGAGAACGGAUCCAUCCUGGAGGAGCCCUUCGAGGGACGGAGCCUUUCCAAGCUGAACCUCUGCGAGCACGAUCCCGGCCGCAGGACGAGGCCCUGGGGGUGCCGUGGCCGUGUGGGCUCCGUGGCGGCGCUGAAAUAUUCCGUGGUGGGACUCUACCUGCUGGUGCUCCUCAUCCUGGUGGGAAUCUUCAUCCUGGCAGUGUCCCGGCCUCAGGCGUCCCCCGAGGAGCUGAAGGCGCUGAUGGGGAACGUCCAACACCUCAACGAGACCUUCCGGGACCUUCAGCUGCAGCUGCUGCCGCGCCCCCCGCCCCAGGGCGACCUCCUGGAGCACGUCUGGAGGCUGCAGGACCUCCUGCAGAACCACUCGGACUCGCUGCUGCUGCUCUCGAGCUCGCUGCAGAGGCUGCAGGCGCUGCUGCGGGCGCUGCAGAGCCAGGCCGGACAGACGGACAGCUCGCUGCAGAGGCUGCGGGACUCGCUGGGCCAGCAGAGCGACGCGGCGCAGCUGGAGCUGUCGCGGCUCUCGGUGGAGGCCAACAGCAGCCGGCUGCUCCUGGAGCACCACCAGCACCUCCUGGGACACCUGGGCGGGCGGCUGGAGGCGCUGGGCGAGCAGGCGGCGGCGCUGGGCGCGGCGGUGGAGUCCAUGAACCGCAGCUUCUCCUACGAGCUGCGCCUGCAGCGCUCCCGGCUCCGGGACCUGCAGGGGCUCCUGGGCAACGCCAGCGCCGACGGGCGCAGGAUGAGGGCGGCGCACGGGGCCAUGGAGAGGCAGCUGAGGCUGGAGCUGGCCCUGCUCAACAACGUCACCGAGGAGCUGCGCAUGAAGGACUGGGAGCAUUCCGUGGCGCUGAGGAACAUCUCCGUCAUCCGGGGGCCGCCGGGACCCAAAGGAGACCGAGGCACGGAGGGGAUGGAGGGGGAACCCGGCCUGCCCGGCCUCCCCGGGCCCCGAGGCCUUCCCGGGGAGCGGGGACUGCCCGGCCCGCGCGGACUGAAGGGGGACCCGGGAGAGCUGGGCCCGCGCGGCCCCGCGGGAAUGCGGGGGCUCAAAGGCGAGCGCGGCCCCAAGGGCGACAAGGGGGACCGGGGGGACCGAGGAGCGGCCGCUGGCACCGUUCCCUCGGAGGGCUCGGUGCGCCUGGUGAACGGCUCCGGGGCCCACGAGGGGCGCCUGGAGAUUUUCCACGAGCGGCGCUGGGGCUCCGUGUGCGACGACGGCUGGGACGGGCGGGACGGGGACGUGGCGUGCCGCAUGCUCGGCUACCCCGGCGCCGCCGACGUCUUCCGCAUGGCGCGCUUCGGACAAGGCACGGGGAAGAUCUGGAUGGACGACGUGUCCUGCACGGGCACCGAGGAGUCCCUGGAGCUCUGCAGCUUCUCGGGGUGGGGCCGCACCAACUGCGGCCACGCCGAGGACGCCGGAGUGCGCUGCCGGACAGACUGA